UGGCGGUGGCAGUGGCUCCUUGCAGCCCCUGUGGGGAGAGGGCGUCUGGACUGGGCUGCGUCCCGGGUUCCCCACCCGGACUUGCCCACCCCUCCUUCCCCCCAGAUACGUCCUCGCCUUGUCCUCUUUGGCCCGGACGCCCACAGUGGUCCGAUCGACUCGAUCGCGGCAGGAGAUGAAGCUGUGACAGAUGGGGAAGCUGAGACCCACAGGGGGGAUUUUUCCAAGGCUGCGUAGAGGAGUGGAGAUUUGAACACAGUGCUUCUGAUUGUUUGAAAGCGCAAUGGCGGGAAACAGCCUUGUCCUACCUAUUGUUCUUUGGGGUCGCAAAGCACCAACACAUUGCAUCUCAGCAGUGCUUUUAACAGAUGAUGGGUCCACAAUUGUAACUGGCUGUCAUGAUGGACAAAUAUGUCUCUGGGAUCUUUCAGCAGAAUUGGAAGUUAAUCCUCGAGCACUGUUGUUUGGCCAUACAGCUUCAAUCACUUGUUUGUCUAAGGCCUGUGCUUCUAGUGACAAGCAAUACAUUGUCAGUGCAUCCGAAAGUGGAGAAAUGUGUCUCUGGGAUGUGAAUGAUGGCCGAUGUAUUGAAUUUACAAAAUUAGCCUGCACGCAUACUGGCAUACAGUUCUACCAGUUCUCUGUUGGAAAUCAGCGAGAAGGAAGGCUUUUAUGCCAUGGCCAUUAUCCUGAAAUCCUCGUUGUGGAUGCCACCAGCCUUGAGGUGUUAUAUUCCUUAGUUUCAAAGAUCUCUCCAGACUGGAUUAGCUCCAUGAGCAUUAUUCGAUCCAACCGAACUCAAGAAGACACUGUGGUGGCACUCUCGGUGACAGGCAUCUUGAAGGUGUGGAUUGUCACCUCUGAAAUCAGUGGCAUGCAGGAUACUGAGCCAAUAUUUGAGGAGGAGUCCAAACCAAUUUACUGUCAGAAUUGCCAAAGCAUCUCUUUCUGUGCAUUCACACAGCGGUCGCUUUUGGUAGUAUGCUCCAAAUACUGGAGGGUAUUUGAUGCUGGAGACUAUUCCCUGUUAUGUUCAGGGCCCAGUGAAAAUGGACAAACAUGGACUGGAGGUGACUUUGUGUCAGCAGAUAAAGUCAUCAUUUGGACUGAAAAUGGACAAAGUUAUAUUUACAAACUACCGGCCAGUUGCCUUCCAGCUAGUGAUUCUUUCCGCAGUGAUGUGGGAAAAGCAGUUGAGAAUUUAAUCCCUCCUGUACAACACAAACUCUUGGAUCGAACCGAUAAAGAGCUGCUGAUUUGUCCUCCUGUUACCCGGUUCUUCUAUGGAGGCAAGGAACACUUUCAUAAACUAUUAAUUCAGGGUGAUUCUUCUGGAAGAUUGAACAUUUGGAACAUAUCAGACACACCUGCUAAAAAGGAAGGUGCAGAAGGGCUGGGAAUGACAACUUCUAUUAGUUUGCAAGAAGCUUUUGACAAACUGAACCCUUGUCCUGCUGGGAUUAUCGAUCAACUGAGUGUGAUUCCCAAUAGUGACGUCCCUCUGAAAGUAACCACGAGUGUGUACAUCCCUGCACACGGGCGGCUUGUCUGUGGUCGCGAGGAUGGCAGCAUCAUCAUCGUGCCUGCCACCCAGACAGCCAUCGUGCAGCUGCUGCAAGGGGAGCACAUGCUUCGGAGAGGUUGGCCGCCUCACAGAACACUGCGUGGCCAUCGUAACAAAGUCACCUGCCUGCUGUAUCCUCAUCAGGUCUCGCCUCGUUAUGAUCAGAGAUACCUGAUCUCUGGAGGUGUGGAUUUUUCAGUGAUAAUUUGGGACAUAUUUUCAGGAGAAAUGAAACAUAUCUUCUGUGUGCACGGUGGUGAGAUUACUCAACUUCUCGUCCCACCUGAGAACUGUAGUGCAAGAGUGCAGCACUGCAUCUGUUCUGUAGCCAGUGAUCACUCAGUGGGACUUCUAAGUUUGCGAGAAAAAAAGUGCAUCAUGCUGGCAUCUCGUCACCUUUUCCCCAUUCAAGUCAUCAAGUGGAGGCCAUCUGACGAUUACCUAGUGGUGGGCUGUUCCGAUGGCUCUGUGUACGUCUGGCAAAUGGAUACUGGUGCACUGGAUCGUUGUGUGAUGGGAAUAACAGCAGUGGAGAUACUGAAUGCGUGUGACGAAGCAGUUCCCGCUGCUGUCGACUCCCUAAGUCACCCAGCGGUCAACCUGAAACAGGCCAUGACCAGACGGAGCCUCGCAGCUCUCAAGAACAUGGCCCAUCAUAAGCUGCAAACCCUCGCAACUAACCUUCUGGCUUCCGAGGCAUCUGACAAGGGAAAUUUACCCAAAUAUUCUCAUAACUCCCUGAUGGUUCAAGCAAUAAAGACAAACUUAACGGACCCGGACAUCCAUGUGCUCUUCUUUGACGUGGAGGCACUGAUUAUUCAGCUCCUCACCGAGGAAGCCUCCAGGCCCAACACCGCACUGAUUUCCCCUGAGAAUCUGCAAAAAGCAUCUGGCAGUUCAGACAAAGGGGGCUCUUUUCUGACUGGAAAGCGAGCAGCCGUCCUCUUCCAACAAGUGAAAGAGACCAUCAAAGAGAACAUAAAGGAGCAUCUCCUGGAUGAUGAGGAGGAGGAUGAGGAGGCAAUGAGGCAGAGAAGGGAAGAAAGUGACCCUGAGUACCGGGCCAGCAAGUCGAAGCCACUGACCCUCUUAGAAUAUAACCUGACUAUGGAUACGGCCAAACUCUUCAUGUCCUGCCUUCACGCCUGGGGUCUGAACGAAGUUCUGGACGAAGUCUGCCUGGAUCGCCUUGGCAUGCUGAAGCCCCACCGCACGGUGUCGUUCGGCCUUUUAUCGAGAGGAGGACAUAUGUCCCUCAUGCUCCCCGGCUAUAACCAGGCUGCUGGUAAACUACCUCUUGGGAAAGCAGAAGUGGGAAGGAAGCUGCCAGCCAUGGAGGGAGUCGGAAAAGGAACUUACGGGGUGUCCCGAGCCGUCACCACCCAACAUCUCCUGUCUGUCAUCUCCUUGGCCAAUACCUUAAUGAGUAUGACCAAUGCCACUUUUAUUGGUGAUCACAUGAAGAAGGGCCCUACCAGGCCGCCCAGACCAAGCACCCCAGACCUUUCUAAGGCAAAAGGUUCUUCCCCAACUGCCAGUAAUGUUGUGCAAGGACAGAUUAAACAAGUUGCCGUUCCUGUCGCUUCUGCUCGGUCUGACGCUGGUCACUCUGGCUCUGACCCUCCUCCUCCUCCUGCUUUACAGUCCUGUUUCUUAGUAAAUGAAGGGUGGAGCCAGCUGGCUGCUAUGCACUGUGUCAUGCUGCCGGACUUGCUGGGCUUAGACAAGUUCAGGCCCCCGCUCCUGGAGAUGCUGGCUCGCAGGUGGCAAGAUCGCUGCUUGGAGGUCCGAGAAGCCGCUCAAGCCCUGCUGCUGGCAGAACUGAGAAGAAUCGAGCAGGCGGGACGGAAGGAAGCUAUUGAUGCGUGGGCUCCUUACUUACCUCAGUACAUGGACCAUGUCAUAUCCCCUGGAGUUUCAGCAGAAGCCAUGCAGACUAUCAGCACUGCUCCAGAGACCUCGGGGCCAGAAGCCAAAAUCCAGGAGGAAGAGCACGACCUUGUCGAUGAUGACAUCACAGCUGGUUGCUUAUCAAGUGUCCCACCGAUGAAAAAAAUUUCCACAUCCUAUGAAGAAAGAAGGAAACAAGCCACUGCUAUUGUUUUGCUAGGAGUCAUAGGAGCUGAAUUUGGUGCUGAAAUUGAACCUCCAAAACUGCUGACCAGACCUCGAAGCUCAAGUCAGAUCCCUGAGGGAUUUGGUUUGACUAGUGGUGGAUCCAACUACUCACUGGCCAGACAUACUUGUAAGGCGCUGACGUUUCUCCUGUUGCAGCCGCCAAGCCCCAAGCUCCCUCCUCACAGCACGAUCCGAAGGACAGCCAUCGAUCUGAUUGGACGUGGCUUCACGGUGUGGGAGCCCUACAUGGAUGUGUCAGCCGUCCUGAUGGGGCUGCUGGAACUUUGUGCGGACGCAGAGAAGCAGCUUGCCAACAUCACAAUGGGGCUGCCUCUGAGCCCAGCAGCUGACUCCGCCCGCUCAGCCAGGCAUGCCCUCUCCCUCAUUGCCACGGCAAGACCACCCGCCUUCAUCACGACCAUCGCCAAAGAGGUACACAGACACACCGCGCUCGCAGCCAACACCCAGUCCCAGCAGAAUAUCCACACUACGGCGCUUGCCCGAGCUAAAGGGGAAAUUCUGAGAGUCAUUGAAAUUCUUAUUGAAAAGAUGCCCACAGAUAUUGUGGAUCUUCUGGUGGAGGUCAUGGACAUCAUUAUGUACUGCCUUGAAGGAUCUUUAGUGAAAAAGAAAGGACUUCAAGAAUGUUUCCCAGCUAUUUGCAGGUUCUACAUGGUCAGCUAUUAUGAGCGGAAUCACAGAAUAGCGGUUGGAGCUCGCCAUGGUUCAGUGGCCCUGUACGACAUCCGGACUGGAAAAUGUCAGACCAUCCAUGGACACAAGGGACCGAUCACUGCGGUGGCCUUUGCUCCUGACGGACGCUAUCUUGCCACCUACUCCAACACUGACAGCCACAUUUCCUUCUGGCAGAUGAACACCUCGCUGCUGGGGAGCAUCGGCAUGCUCAACUCCGCCCCGCAGCUGCGCUGCGUCAAGACCUACCAGGUGCCCCGCGUGCAGCCGGCCUCCCCCGGCUCGCACAACGCCCUCCGCCUGGCCAGGCUCAUCUGGACCUCCAACCGCAAUGUUAUCCUGAUGGCGCACGAUGGCAAGGAGCACCGCUUCAUGGUCUAACGCGCGGGCCUGGGGCCUUCUCUUCUCCCCGCAGUCGCCUGCCCGCCCUCAUGCUGGGUCUGCUGCAGUGCCUGCCCCGCGUGUCCUCGAGGCCAGCUGGGCGCUGUCACUUCUGCAUGGUCUCCAGGCAGGCCCUUGCUGGUGCCACCUGCUGAUUCAGAGGCACCGCACACCCCGUGCGGGAUGUGGCCUGGCUCUCUAGGUCGCUUUUCCCCCCUGCAGGUUGGGGGCGGCCGUUGGUCCCUACGACCCAGUGCCAGUGUGGCCUGGGGCACCGGAAGCCCCCACAUCAGUAAACACUGUGAUCGCGUUCCCCACCCACAUCAGCAUUUUCCUCCAGCUGAAGGCCACCUCGGAAGUGCUUGAACCUGGUCGUUCUGACAGUGGGUUUUGAAAUACUGGGGCGGUCCCAAUUACUGGAAAUUUUUUUCCUUUGACUAGUUAUUAAUUGUUUACCAAAAGAAUUGUGUUUACAUAGAAUGGGUUUCUCCCCCCCAACCCCCCCUUCCUGGUGAUUGCUAGUAACUUAUUACAUUCAAUUUCCCAGGGCUCAGCCACUACCCUGUUUAUUAAGACCCACCUAAUUUGAGACCGAUGAGAAAACAGCCCAAAAACACUUACCCCCUUUUGGACAAUACAGUUUCUCAGACACCUGAUCGUCUGAAAUACUCAUACUCUGUUUAAGUGAUCGUGUACUUAGUAGUUUAAAAGAAAAUCGCCACUUAUGAUGUAGUUAAUAAGAUUAUACAAUCACUCUGACCUCUUGAAAAGGACUUCUGUGAUAGCCAAUUUCAGAUGCCCAGCUUAGAUGCACAAAGACUUGUCUGUUGCUUACAGACCUUUGGGUUUCAGAAAGCGCCCACCUGGUCUCCCCAGAAACCACAUACCCACAAAUCCCAUAUGGAUGCCUAGUCAGUUAUCAUGUAAUAGUUACAAUUCAGCCUUCAAACCACUGCUGACUGAUUAAAGUAAAACUAUGGCAACAUUAAGUUUAAACAAAUAUUCUAGAAAAUAAGGAACGAUGGCACAAGGAUUCAGGAGUAAAUAUAAAAAUAAGAGAGCUCUCAGUUGAGCAAACAUGGCAAUGAGGGUAUUCACCCCACUUCAAACGACGCUUUCACCAGGUAGCUUUCUUCUUCUGGCAGAUGAUGCUGGUUCUUCCUCAUUGUCAUAGAAAAGAAUCCAUAAAAUAAUACCUGGUAGACAUUGCUCCUCACAAACCUUGACCUGUAUUUAUUUGGGGAUUUGUUUGCUCCGCUGGAUGUUGACUGAUGGGGUCAGUUGGGCAAAUGGUUUAUUAAGUGCAAAUACAGAAAAUGAUUUAUUAAACUCAGAGAAAAUAAGUGAAGUUUCAAAGGAGCCAAAAAUAAUAGGAGCAUUUAGUUUAACAAGCAUCGGUGGUCAGCAUUUAUGUAAUAUACCCACAAAAAGUAAGAUUGCCAUCCAGGAACAAAAACACCUGUUAUUGUACAGAAACAGAUUUUUAAAGAAUAUAUUAAGAAAUUAAGAUUAGAACGACUCUUUCAUAUUGAUGUGAAGUAUGUCGUUUCCAUUGAUGGCAGACCUCUACUAAUCCUUGGUUUUAGACUCUGGGUGUUCUUGAAAACGUGAACUUAUGCCACUUGCAUGUACAUUGUAUUUAUAAAGAUUCUCUAUGUAGUAUGCAGGAAGAACAAAGAACUAUACAGUUUAGGCUUUGUGUGGUGAGCACAGUGUCGUGUUCGAUAUUGAUACAGCAACCUGUGAUAGAUUGAGUUUCUGCAGUGGGGCACCCCAGUCGUCUUGCAACUCAGCACAUGUCUACUGUAUGAACCUAAAUUGCGGGUUAAUUUCUUCUAGACUACAAAGCUGUUUUGGAAUGACGAAGUGAACGUAUAUCAUAGAGUUGCUGUGGGGGUUUAUUUUUUAUUUUAUUUUUUUAACAUCCCAGUCACCAGGAAAAAGAUGUGAGACUAACAGAUGGGGCAUCCAGCUGCCCAGGCAGCACCCAAGGUAGAGAUUGACAACAAGGCUCUACGGGAGGAUGGGGAGUGAAACUCCUGGACAACAGGCAGAGGCCCCUGACCCAUUCUGUCUGCACAAGCAAAAUUACCGGCCACUAGAAUACUCCACUUGUAAAGCUAGGGUAGAUGAUAUUUGCAUCUUCUAACACAAGUCUCUCCUUGGCUAUUUUGACAACUACGAUUCCAAAUUUCAUCACAGCUUAGAAUCUCUCAGCACUGAGGUAAACUUUGAAUUGUUGUUCCCAGUGUACAAUUUUAGUGUUGUAUUGAUUUUGCUGGCACUGUAUUUGGACCUGUCCUUGUAAAUGUAGAGACAUAUGUGGCUUCACUGGUAAUUUACAAGCAAAAGAUGACGUGACGUGACACCCGUAUGAAAAUGUAGUGAUUGAAACUCACUGUGUACAGCAAAUGAAUUAAAAUGUCUGCCUCUCAAGGCAUUUCUCAAUGAUUCCAUUUAAUAGAUUCUCUAUGUGCUGAGUGUCCCUGUGUACAUAUAUGUGUUAAAUAAAUAAAACUCAAUUGUAAUGAA